UUUGUUCCCGAGCUAUAUAAAACUAAGCGAAAAUUUAGACGAAGUGUUAGAAGUUUACUGUGCAAUUGACGGCAAGUACACCGAAUGGAAGGAGUCUGAGUGCAGUGUGACGUGUGGAGGAGGAGUAAUGACAUUUACAAGAACCUGUACCAAUCCUCCGCCGUCUAACGGUGGAAAGGACUGCAGUGAACUGGGACCGCCUGAAAAGACACUUGCAUGCAACGAACAAGAAUGCCCAAUUGACGGCAAGUACACCGAAUGGAAGGAGUCUGAGUGCAGUGUGACGUGUGGAGGAGGAGUAAGGACACUUACAAGAACCUGUACCAAUCCUCCGCCGUCUAACGGUGGAAAGGACUGCAGUGAACUGGGACCGCCUGAAAAGACACUUGCAUGCAACGAACAAGAAUGCCCAAUUGACGGCAAGUACACCGAAUGGAAGGAGUCUGAGUGCAGUGUGACGUGUGGAGGAGGAGUAAGGACACUUACAAGAACCUGUACCAAUCCUCCUCCGUCUAACGGUGGAAAGGACUGUAGUGAACUGGGACCGGCUGAAAAGACACUUGCAUGCAACGAACAAGAAUGCCCAAUUGACGGCAAGUACACCGAAUGGAAGGAGUCUGAGUGCAGUGUGACGUGUGGAGGAGGAGUAAUGACAUUUACAAGAACCUGUACCAAUCCUCCGCCAUCUAACGGUGGAAAGGACUGCAGUGAACUGGGACCGGCUGGAAAGACACUUGCAUGCAACGAACAAGAAUGCCCGAUUGAUGGCGGAUACACCGAAUGGGAGGAGUCUGAGUGCAGUGCGACAUGUGGAGGAGGAGUAAUAACUAAAACAAGAACUUGCGCCAAUCCUGCUCCACAACACGGUGGAAAGGACUGCAGUGAACUGGGACCAGCUGAAAUGACACUUUCAUGUAACGAACAACCUUGCCCAAUUGAUGGCAAAUACACCGAAUGGCAGGAGUCAGAAUGCACUGUGACAUGCGGAGGAGGAAUAAAAACAUUUACAAGAACCUGUACCAAUCCUCCGCCGUCUAAUGGUGGAAAGAACUGCAGUGAACUGGGGCCUUCUGAGAAAACGGAAUCAUGCAACAUACAGGAAUGCCCAAUUGAUGGCAAAUACACUGAAUGGAAGGAGUCUGAGUGCAGUGCGACAUGUGGAGGAGGAGUAAUAACUAAAACAAGAACUUGCACCAAUCCUGCUCCACAACACGGUGGAAAGGACUGCAGUGAACUGGGACCAGCUGAAAUAACACUUUCAUGCAACGAAGAAUCAUGCGCAAUUGAUGGCAAAUACACCGAAUGGCAGGAGUCAGAAUGCACUGUGACAUGCGGAGGAGGAAUAAAAACAUUUACAAGAACCUGUACCAAUCCUCCGCCGUCUAAUGGUGGAAAGAACUGCAGUGAACUGGGGCCUUCUGAGAAAACGGAAUCAUGCAGCACACAGGAAUGCCCAAUUGAUGGCAAAUACACUGAAUGGAAGGAGUCUGAGUGCAGUGUGACAUGUGGAGGAGGAGUAAUGACUAAAACAAGAACAUGUACCAAUCCUGCUCCACAACACGGUGGAAAGGACUGCAGUGAACUGGGACCAGCUAAAAUGACACUUUCAUGUAACGAACAACCUUGCCCUCCUCCGUGCACAGCUGGACUUGACGUUGCUAUCGUUCUCGACAAAUCCCAGAGUGUUAAAUUAGGUAAUCUGGAAAUGGUUAUCACCUUCCUGGGUAAACUGGUUGGGAACUUCGACCCUGCUCCUGAAGCAGAUCACUUCGGCCUUAUUACCUUUAACAAAAAGGCACAACUGUCUUUCAAAUUUGGCGACUCACAAUAUCACAAUAAAGACGCCUUACUAAAAAAAAUAGCCAAUGAACCAAUGGUCCUACAGUAUCAAACUCGCACCGAUAUGGCUCUCCUUAUGGCGAGGGACGAGAUGUUUACUGAGGCAGGAGGAGACAGACCAGACAAACCAAAUGUCAUGAUUGUACUCACAGAUGGAAAGCCAACUAAUCCAGACAAAGACUUUGACUUCAAGGCAUUUUCUAAAGAGAUAUCGAAAGAUUUCAAGGAAAAGAAAGUCAACAUUGUAGCAGUGGGUAUCGGUCCAGGAGUGGAGGAAGCCACUUUGCACGAUAUCGCUGGCGCAGGUCCUGUGGUUCAGGUGGAGGCGUUCGAUAAGCUUGAUGAAAUGAUGAAAACAAUCAAGGGAUCGGCUUGUUCGGAAUAAAGAAGCUGGCUUUUCAAGACAUGUCGUAUCUUUGGACCAAAACAAAUGGGGUAGACUAUGAAUGAAGCAACAACAAUGUACGGAAUUAUUGUGUAUGCAUAUCAUACUGAAAAUAAACUACCUUAA